GCUCGAAGCACUUACAGCCGCAGUUGUACGUUUGCGCUAUCACGUUAGUGUCAAUCCGAAAACCAUAAUAUGAAGAUUUUGGGAUGGAAAACUGGCGUUCAAAAUAUGCCAUCAAAUUUCGAAAAAAGCACAGUCGCAAAUGGCGCAGACGAUAAUCUUAAAUCUUAUUUGCACUUGAACAUCAAGAUGCUCUUAGCAAUGAAUAUACUCAUCGACUUAGAAGACACAAAGAACUUUGAAAAGUUUGGUAUAUUUGCCAAAGUGCCAGUAUUGACAAUCAUCACAAUAAUAAUUUCUGUAACGGGCGCUUUCGGUCAAUUUGUAUGGAUGGUUCAAUCGUUAUCUUACGAUAGGCAAUUGGCUACGACGUUGAGCACAAACAUAUUUUCUAAUGUUAGCUGUGUUAGUAAGGGUUUUUGUCUGUCGGUCGCAGCAAAAGAUUUACAGGCAAUAUUACAUGACAUUUCAAAAAUGUGGAAUAGUUAUCGGUCAGAAGGUGAAUGUCGUAAAAGAAUUAUUAAUCGUGCUAAGAAAACGGUAUCUUUCGUGAAAGGUUACAUUUGGAUGACAGUCGCACUUAUUGCUAAUUUUGGUGUACCGCCUUUACAAUAUAUGCUGAUACAAUAUAUCGGACAUAAAACAUCAAACACAACGUUAGAUUAUUCAAUAAGGAUCUUUCCUUUAAGAUAUCCUUUCGACGUGAACACUGGAUGGAUUUAUUAUUUAAUUCUUUGUCAUGAAUUUUGGAUACUUUUCGGUUUGACUUUAUGCUGGGUCUCUUGUGAUACCCUGUUCGCUUCAUUGACAACGCACCUAUCUAUUCAAUUCGAGAUUUUAGAGCACGACAUUAAUAAUUUAAUUAAUCGUGAAACAAACGAAGUACGUCUGAAAAAAAAUCUGUUCACUUUUGUAAAUAGACACCGUGAAAUUUUAAGAGUAUGCAAAGAAGUAGAACGUGUUUUCAGCCCAGUAAUUUUUAUAACAGUUGUAGUAUCAUCGAUGAAUAUCUGUGUCAAUACUUAUAUGGUACAAGAGUAUGUAGCCGUAGGCAAAUAUUUUGAUGGAGGUUAUCAUUUUUUCCUUGCUGCUAACACGUUUUUGCAGAUUAUCGUUUACUGUGUAUAUGCUGAAACUCUCACACAACAUGUUUCAUCGAUAUCCAAUGCCAUAUAUGAUUGUGAAUGGUCUGAUAAAAAUCAAGAAUUCAAAAUAUGCGUUCAAAUAUUAUUGAUGAAAACCCAAAAGCCAUUCUAUUGUAAAGCUUAUGGAUUUUUUAUAUUAUCUCAUGAGCAAUUAACAAAAAUUGUUAACACUGCUUUAUCUUAUUAUAUGAUGCUGCGGACUACAAGUGAAUAAUGAUUCAACGAUAAAAU